UUUAUAUCUGAUGAAAACAAAUCUUUCUGUGUUUAACAUUUAAAUCAGUUUCCCAGAUAUUUAAGAAUGCCACCACCAUCUGCGAGCCGCAAAUUUAUGUACCCUGAGCAGUCAGUGCCCUAUACUGUGUAUGCUAAACGAGAACAUCCCGAUGAUAUUUUCGCCAAACUUGAUAAACCAAAUGAGUUGAAAUUGGAAGAAAGGCCCACAUUUUUAAAAGUGGGCGCGCUUGAAACAGUCAAAGGUUCGGCCUACAUGGAAUAUGGGAAAACAAAGGUAAUGGCAUCUAUAGAACCGCCACGUGAGUUGGGCAAGCAAACAAAGAAAAUAGGUACCCUAGGUAUAGUUACAUGUACCCUGAAAUAUGCACCAUUUGCGGUUAAGGACCCAGCCUGUAUACCAAGGAAAGAAACUUCUAUGGCUUUGGCACUAAAAAAAGCAUUGGAACCUGUCAUUUGUCGACAUGAGUUUCCUUACUUUCAGUUGGAAAUUAAAGUUAUCAUUUUAGACGAUGACGGAUGUGCGCUUAGUACGGCAAUUAAUUGUUGUGGUGCGGCUUUGGUCGAUGCUGGAAUAGCAACAUAUGACCUUAUCACAGCUUCAACGGUUUGCAAGUACAAAAAUGUAGAAUUCAUAAAUCCAAGUGCUGUUAUUGAACAAUUGGUUUCAACAAUAAGUGAAUCUGGAGACGAUGAUGAGGAGCAUGGCAUCGUUGUUACAGCUAGCCUGGCGGCAGUAGACCAAAUUACGGAAUGUUUUCAAAAAGGAUAUUUAAAACCAGAAACGCUAAAAGAACUUACGGAACACACAUUGGCAAUUAAUGAACGAAUAUUGGACACAGUGCGCUUUGUGUUAUAUAACAAAGUCAAACAACAAUUGCGAAAAGAUAAGGAUGGUGCGGAAAUGAGUGAUACCAUCAAUGCCGUUACUGACCUCGGUAUUGAGGAGUGAAGAAAUAAACAUUAAGUCGAUUUCCAAAUUGAAAAUAUUUAUUUGUAUUACAAAAAAAAUCAAACAUUUUAUCGAAAUGUGCAUAACG